AUGGGUUUCUUGUGGAAGACAGCAAAAUUAGGAAUCAAAGUUGGAUUGGUGGCCGGCGCUGUCAAAUUAUCAAUCGAUAAUGAUAUUUGGUCGACAAACAAUGUGAAAGGAUCGGAAUUGUAUCAAAAAUUGAAAAAGUAUAUCGUUCCAGGAACUCUCGUUUUCCCAGAACAGGUUAGUUGAAGGAAUGUGAAGGAAUUGUUUGAAAGUUUAUUUGAUAUUAUUUUUAGCUUCCAUCAAAACAAGAAGUUCAAUUGGAAGUUGGAGGGCGAUGGAAUAAUGCUGUUGAUACUGUGAGUUUUAAAAUUUCCUCUAAAAAAUAGAAUUUAGUAAUGUUUAUUUUUAAAAUGAAAACCAAAUUUAAAUACAAGUUCACGUUAAAAUUUUCGACGAUUUUUUGAGAAAAAAUCAAAUAAAUUUUUUUUUCUUCCCAAAACAAUCAAAUAUUUUUCCAGGUUUUCACAUCAAUCGAAAAUGUUCCAUCAAGCCUAAACACAGCCGCCAAUCGAAUCAUCAACAACAAAUAA